CUUCACGGUCCCUGGAAAAGAUAAAAGUGGCUGUGAAUACUCGAGGGCAGGGUCAGAACACUUAACUUUUACCAAGAACAGAUUUACAUCACACCUUUCCUGUUGCUUUCCUUGAGCUAUGCUUCCCAGGAACAAUGUGUUCUCCUGUCCCAUGAAUCCCUCCUAAAAUUGGAGCCCCAUAGCUCUGCACACCAGUCAGUGUACAUCUGCCUUUGCCCCACUAUGUGGGAGGUCAAAAGCACAACCAAAAGUCAGGGCAACAGCAGGCCCGGCCCAUCUUAACAUUGCUCAAACACUCCCCUUUACAGAGUACCUGAAGGGGAGGGACCCAGGUCCCAAGCCAACUGGUAAUAGAUUCACUAGCUUAGCAACACCUGUUUGCCAAGGCAGGGCUUCUGGACUGGAGUGUUCUUUUGCCUAUAUAAGGAAGGCUUGCCUGUGCAGAUGACAGAUGACAUGGAUGAGUUUGGCUAGGAUAGAAGGCUCAGUAACCAGCAGUCCUUACCCAGGACCGUGGCUGCUUCUUACUGGUGUAACUUAACUGGUUUGCUUAGCGGCAUUAAUGUCAGAUGCUGUGUGUGCAGUUCUGAAAGGAUCAUAUGAGCCAGACAGAGAAAAUGGGAUGAAUGAGGUUUGUUCUGCUCUGGUAUUUCAGGGUCUGCUGUAUGACUAGAUGAUUUUGCUUCUGUAUGUGUAUGAAGCAGGUGGGAGGAGUGUGAGAGACCAAUUCCUCUAAGCGGCUGAUCAUGAUGUAUAGUGUAGUAUCCUGGCCCCCAAGAAACGUGGGCCUUUUGUAACUUGCUUCAUAGUCUGUGUGAUGGUGGUCAUGCUUUGUGAGUUUUGUAACUGUUUUGUAACUCAAAAGAUUUUAAUUAGUGUGUGUUUGAGAACACAUAUUGAAGUCAGAGGACAACUUCAAGGAGUUGGUUGUCUCUUUCCCACAUGUGGGUCCCUGAUACUGAAUGCAAGUCUUCGGGCUUAGAGGCAGGCCCUCAUUGUUACCUGCUGAGCCAUCUUGCCUGGCCCUGAAGGAAGAUUGUGUGUGUUUCAUAAUGGGGGAGUUAAGCAGAAGAAUGAACUGUGUGACUACUUAAUGGAGUAGGUAGGCCGGAACGGGUAAGGCAUUAAGAACCUGGAUGAGGCAGAAAGGUAAUGUAGAGCAGUCCCGGCAUACAGAUGCAGUGGGAGGUAUAGUAACAAUGUUCCUGUUUAUUGAAAAGAAAUGCUCCAGGGAAUUAUCUGAUUAUCUGUCACAGGGAUUGACAGUAAUGAGGAAUGAAAAGCAGCUGGGCCUAGCAACUCACACCUGGAAUCCUAACACUCAGGAGGCUGAAGCAGGAGUAUCAGCCUGGGCUACAGAGUACAGCUUUGCCUUCAAAAAAGAAGGAAGGAGGGAGGGAAAGGAUUGAAAGGCAAAUCUGGAAAGAGCAGUGCAAAGAGUCUGCCCAGCAGUUGUUUGUGUAAAACCUCCCCCAUUCCUUCCCAGCUCUGGACUUGGGUUUCCAAAUCCUGGGGUUAGAUGUGUACAAAUGCCGGUCCCACCUUAGCAUUUUCAACAUCCUCUCCUGGACAUCUUCAGUCUUGUUAAUGUUUGGGUUUUCAGGAAAUGAACAGCCGAAGCUUACCCUUCUUAUGCUUGCUAUAACGCAGGAAAAGCAUUCAUCUCCCCAACCCAGGGCAGCACAAUGGCCCUGAGAACAGAAGUUUAAUCCACUCCCCCCUUAUAUUCUCAUUAACAGUCCACAUACUAAAUCCUAUAGAAUCCCAGAGAGUACAGAUCCAUCAAGUAUGAAAAGAGUAUAAAGAAAAUUGAGUAUGAAAAGACCAAAUAAAGCUAAACAAACCCCAUUCACACCAGGGCUCUCAAAGUAGCAAGUUUUGUGUGAACUAGUAAAGAGUGUGUCUAGUUCAGACCUAAAGGAUAAUGUGAAGGUUCAUUGUGGCCCUGCGUGGAUUUUAGGCUUACCUUGAUAGAGUCUCCUGGCUUUGUUAUAAAGCUCACAAAUCAUUGCUUAGUGGACUAAAUAGACUCCACGAAUACUGGAGAAAUGAAGAUCUGGAGAGUGUGAUGGACUUGGUCAGCUUGGGGGUAGACCAGUCAGUUCUGCUGCUCACCAGCUAUGCAGCCAUGGGUAAGGAAAAGCACACACCUUGUGUACAAACUGGAGACAACAUCACAGUCACUUGAGACAUUUUAUGUGAAACUUUUUUUUUCAAUUUUUGAGACAGGGUCUCACUACUAACCUGGAACUCUGUGUAGAUCAGGAUGGCCUCAGCCUCUCAAAACUCCACCUGCCUCUGUUUCCUUAGCGCUGUAUUAAAGGUGAGUAUCACACCCCAGCCAAUGAGAACCCUCUGUAAUCUAUGUGUAUGAUGGUGACCACCGUAGCUACUUUUUAAUUGCUAUAAAGAGACACCAUGACCAAGGAAACAUAGAGAAGAGACAGUGUGUUGGAGCUUAUAGUUCUAGAGGAUGAAUCCAUAACCAUCAUGGGAAGGAGGGAGCAUGUGGCAGGCAGGCAGGCAGGGCACUGGAAUAGUAGCUGGGAGCUCACAUCCCAUCCACAAGCACAAGCCACACCUCACAAUCCUUCUCAAACAGUUCUAUCAACUGGGGACCAAGCAUUCAAAUCUAUGAGCCUACAGAGGCUGUUUUCAUUUAAACCACCACAACCAUUCACGUAUAACGGUAUGUGAAGACUGGUAAUUGAGAGUAAAGUUAUAACAGCAGAAACCCAAGCUUGUGGUGCUCAUGUCACAGAUGAAUACUUUUAGGAUAUAUGGAAAAUUUUAUGACUAUAGAGUCCAUCCUGUUUGGUUUAUGGACAAGGACUAUGAGGCCCCAAGAAAGUUAAAAGCCAAUACACAAAAUCGGCACUUGGAUGUUAGAAUGAGACUAUGGAUCAAAGGCUCUGCCCUUCUACCAUGCCCUGUUGCUUCUGUACAGAUCACUAAAGGCACCUGGCUGUAUCUUGUAUCACAGACGUAGCCUGUAUGGGCUUCAGAUGUUUUGUUCCUGUAGCUUCCUUACCAGCCAUGCCUGUCUGUAUUUUACUUUGGAAUCUGGCUGCAGUUAGAAGACAGGCACAACCAUUUAUCAGAGUUGGCCCCCUACCUGGGUGAGCAAUGACAGUUUUUAGAUGAGGGGAAAAAAAAUGGGACAAAUUAAAAUUUCACAAUCUGUUACUACAGAAAGCUGGUUAAGCAUACUGAAAAUUUUCCUUUAUCCCUCCAUGGACAUGCAGAUUUUCCAGCAAUUGGUUAGGGUAGGGUCUUGGAGAUUCUCAUUCUGAGGUAACUGUAAGACUGUGGGUAAGACUUUGGAACCUGUUGUUUUAUUCAGGUACAACUAAGCUCCCUUAAAUUUGGUUCUUCUUCAGAACACCUUCAUUCUUGUCCUGACCAAGAAUGCGCCUCCUAUUGGCUAAGGCUGAUGGCUUCACCCCAAACUAUUCACUCACCUUUCCCUUCCUGCCCACACCAACUCAGGACCAGCUGAAACGUGAGCACAGACAUCAGACUUGACUGGGCCCUACUCAGAAUCUCUCCUCCUGGCUCCACUCUUGUCCUUGUGUUCCAGAGCCAGUCUUCAGCUUUGACUUUUACUUCUCCAUUCCUGACCACUGUGGACAUGUCACCUGGUGUUGCAGGUGACUGAGAGUUGGCCUGUCAGAAGAGGAUGCUCAUCAUCCCUUCUUCAUACUCUCGAGCCAGCUCUAAUGCCAGUAUCUCUUGAUUAGCCUUUGGAUGACUCACGUUGGAUUAGUAACCAAAGUCCUGCAGGUGAACUCUUACAUCAGCCCAUUCCUUUCUAGUCCUGCUGCCACACCCUAAUGGCCCUUUGCCCUGGACAGUUGCAAUAGUCGCCCAGGUGUCUUGUUGCUUUUAGUCCCUCCUGUCUGCCAGGUUAACCACUGCUAAAGCCCAGGGCAGACCCUGUUCUCCUCUGGUUUUUCCAAACCCAGGCUUGAUUCUAGCUUGUUUUCAUGCUUCUCUCUCAAACUGACCGUUCCUUUGUGCUGCAGCUAGCCAGUCAUAUUUCCUGUCCUAUUCCUUUGGCAGUUCCAUGAGGAAGCUUCUUCAUCUUCUCUCCAACAUACUGGUUGUCUGUCUUUUAGGAACAAGUCCAGAUGCCAGUGUUCCCUAGGAUUCUUCCCACUGACCCCUUCCUAGCUAGGUAUGGCCUCCUGGUUCUCUGAACUCUUUGUGUUUUCUUUAGUAUUUGACUAUUUGCCUGUAAUUUGUUCCAUACUCUUUGUCUAGAAACUCUCCAGUUUUCUUCAAGCCCUCUAAAACAGCAGUGUGUACAGUAAAUGCAGUCCAAAUUGGCUGAACUUUACUUUUUCCCAGAUACUGAGUUAGGUCAUGUGGGCCUUCAGAGAUGUCUUCCAUUUUUACUUGGCCCCAUGCCACCAAAUGGAUGUUUCUGUGGGUUGCUAAACCUUUCUUUAGCCUCAGUGCAUGCAUUCUGGCUUUUUAGUCUAUGCUUUUAAGGUUUGAGUGUGGCUACCCUAGUCCUCGUCUUUCCACUACACUGUAUGUAGUAACUUGGCUAAUUAGAAAGCUUGUUUAAUAUAUAUAUAUAUAUAUAUCCCCAUACUAAUGAGAGCUGAAAAGGAAGAUAACUGAGUGACUUAAAAAUUAAAACAAAAACAUUGUUGGAUGUCAGAUCACUUUGCAGUUUUGCAGUGUUCUUUGCUGUAAUUGAACACUCAGAGAGGGACUCACCACAUCAUUGGCAUAUUUAACAGUGAAGUGGGGUCUGCUAAAAAGACCCCCCCUCCCUUGAAAUAAUUCCCCAUUAUACUUUGUAGUCUUGUGAUGGGAGACAGAAUGUAAGCUUGGAUCAGUAUGUGUACUUUCACAUCCAACUUUAGUGGUUUUGUAGCGAUAGGAUUAUUUCUCAGUAUUAAUCACCAACAUCGAGAGUCCAGGAUUUCUUAUUUAGACCAUAUGUCUUAGUCAGGGUUUCUAUUCCUACACAAAUAUCAUGACCAAGAAACAAGUCGGGGAGGAAAGGGUUUAUUCGGCUUACACUUCCCGUUGCUGUUCAUCACCAAAGGAAGUCAGGACUGGAACUCAGGCAGGCCCGAAGCAGGAGCUGAGGCAGAGGCCAUGGGGGGAUGUUACUUACUGGUUUGCUUCCCCUGGCUUGCUCAGCUUACUCUCUUACAGAAGCCAAGACCACCAGCCCAAGGAUGGCACUACCCACAAUGGCCUGGGUCCUCCCCCUUGGUCACUAGUUGAGAAAAUGCUUUACAGCUGGGUCUCAUGAGGACAUUUCCUCAACUGAGGCCCCUUUCUCUGUGAUAACUCCAGCUUGUGUCAACUUGACACACAAAACCAGCCAGUAUACCAUGUAAUGAGGAAGCUUGCUUGACUGUCUCCAAAGUUAGUCUUGGAGAAUCCUAGACCAAGUGUAUCUUCUAAGACCUAGCAUUUCACUGUCUUGCUAGUUAUCUUUGGCAGAGACAGGAGAGCUAAAGCUCUACAUAUAUGUUCUACAACUUGGAUGUAAAAAUGUCUUUUGGUUGGGCCUGCCUUGGGAGCCAAAAAUUGACUUUUAGAAACACAGCUGUGUGGCUAACAGGAGCUGAGAUUGUUGAAAGAUGAACAGCUAACAGGCUUUGCCGAUACAUCUGGCUCUGGCCUGGCCACCUCUUAGGAGCACACUGGAAUCCUUUAGGAAGGAGAUUUUGGUUAGGACCUUGCAGUGUAGAGCUGGUGAUCUGGAAUUUGUUAUGUUCAAACCAGGCUAGCCUCACUGAUUCUUCUUCCUGUCUCCACAACCUGAGCGUUCCAAGCUGGAAGUGCCAAGUUUAUUACAGAUCCUCCAGUUGUAGUGAGGAAAAUUAGGAAGAGGUUAGGACCAAAGUCAAUUAUUUUCCAUAGAUAUAUUUUGGUUACGUUAUUUUCUGCCUAGGAUUUCUUUUUGGUAGAAGUGGGUGAGAUAAGCAACUAGAGAGAACCAAAACUUGAGAGGCCGUCAGUAAACAAAUCAAAGUAAGUUUUGAAGGCGAUUGUUCUCUUCCACUGGAAUGUAAAGUUCUCAAGACCAGGGGUCCUGGGGUAGUGUUUACCUGUGUACCUUUCUCCCACAAUGCCUUGCAUCACGGUACUCUGAUAAAUCGUCCUUUCAUGGAGUUACUAACAGGGUGCAUCACCUCAGAAAUGCAGUAAUGGCAGAAUAUCUGCUGAGAAGGUUCUCCAGAGGACCUCAUUCUCAUUUCUGUGUGCUGUAUCCUGCAGGAUGCCUAGACUGACUUUGACUUACGGUGGCGCCAGGUUGGGCUGUGUUUGCAGUUGGCGCCCGCGCAGUGGCUGCCUGUGCCCAGGUGCACGGCUUGGUCGGCUCGGCUCUGACCCGCCUCUGGGCCCUGCACUCCUUUUCGAGUGAUGGUAAUCCGGAGACUUUUCUGUUAGGUGGACCGCUCAACCGAACUCCGUAAUUCCAGCAGCUUUGUGGGGCCUGACCGCGAGGGUCGGGAUCUGCAAGGUUGGCCUGCGUGCGCCCCUCCGCGUGUUCGGCCUGCGUUUCCUCUACAAUGCUGUUAUGCUAAUCAGGUGACAUCACUGAGCAGCUCACCGCAGCUCCCGAUUAAAUUACAAACCGGCAGCGGGCGGGCGGGAGGGAGGUGUGCGCUGCUCUCUGAGCAGGAUCGCAGCGUGCUUAGGGUUGGCCAUAUUUAAAAUAUUUUCCAGUAGGAUCCUGUCUCCUUCCUCCUUUCCCUCCUUCCUCCUUUCGCUCCUUCCCUUCUCCCUCUUCCCUCCCGGGUAAUUUAUUUCUAGCUUCCAGGCAAAGGCCACACAAGGAAGGAAAUCCACAGGGGAUUAGAUGCCGGGGUGGUAACUCCACCAGGCUAAGGUGAACUCUGCAGCCAACUUCCUAUCAGAUCACCCUGCAUUUCCGACCGACCGGAAUGCGACUGGCUUAAGGUCCAGCCCUUUCGCCUGGGCGGGAGUGGAGCCACGGAAGCUGCUUGGAGUUGGAUGGGGGUAGGAAGGGGCUGGAACGGGAUUUUUACGGCGCAGCCGGCCUGGGCCUUAGGUCGGGCAUAAUGGAAUUGCAGAGGACAUCCAGCAUUUCAGGGCCGCUGUCGCCGGCCUACACCGGGCAGGUGCCUUACAACUACAAUCAACUGGAAGGGAGAUUCAAACAGCUCCAAGAUGAGCGUGAAGCUGUACAGAAGAAGACCUUCACCAAGUGGGUCAACUCCCACCUUGCCCGAGUGUCCUGCCGAAUCACAGACCUGUACACUGACCUUCGAGAUGGACGGAUGCUCAUCAAACUACUGGAGGUCCUCUCUGGAGAGAGGCUGCCUAAACCCACUAAGGGACGGAUGCGCAUCCACUGUCUGGAGAAUGUCGACAAGGCUCUUCAGUUCCUGAAGGAGCAGAGAGUCCAUCUCGAGAACAUGGGCUCCCAUGAUAUUGUGGAUGGAAACCACCGGCUGACCCUCGGCCUCAUCUGGACCAUUAUCCUGCGCUUCCAGAUCCAGGAUAUCAGUGUGGAGACUGAAGAUAACAAAGAGAAAAAGUCUGCUAAGGAUGCAUUGCUGCUGUGGUGCCAGAUGAAGACAGCUGGGUACCCUAAUGUCAACAUUCACAAUUUCACCACUAGCUGGAGGGAUGGCAUGGCCUUCAAUGCACUGAUACACAAACACCGGCCUGACCUGAUAGAUUUUGAUAAACUGAAGAAAUCGAAUGCACACUACAAUCUGCAGAAUGCAUUUAACCUGGCAGAGCAGCACCUUGGCCUUACUAAACUGUUAGACCCUGAAGAUAUCAGCGUGGACCACCCUGAUGAGAAGUCCAUCAUCACGUAUGUGGUCACUUACUACCACUACUUCUCCAAGAUGAAGGCCUUGGCUGUCGAAGGAAAGCGCAUUGGGAAGGUGCUUGAUAAUGCUAUAGAAACAGAGAAAAUGAUUGAGAAGUAUGAGUCGCUUGCUUCUGACCUUCUGGAGUGGAUUGAACAAACCAUCAUCAUUCUAAACAACCGCAAAUUUGCUAAUUCACUGGUUGGGGUCCAGCAGCAGCUUCAGGCAUUCAACACGUACCGCACAGUGGAGAAACCACCUAAGUUUACUGAGAAGGGGAAUUUGGAGGUGCUGCUUUUCACAAUUCAGAGCAAGAUGAGAGCUAAUAAUCAGAAGGUCUACAUGCCCCGAGAAGGGAAGCUCAUCUCUGAUAUCAACAAGGCCUGGGAAAGACUGGAAAAAGCAGAACAUGAGAGAGAACUGGCUCUGCGGAAUGAGCUCAUACGGCAGGAAAAACUGGAACAACUUGCCCGCAGAUUCGAUCGCAAGGCAGCUAUGAGAGAGACAUGGCUGAGCGAAAACCAGCGUCUUGUCUCUCAGGACAACUUUGGAUUUGACCUUCCUGCAGUUGAGGCCGCCACCAAAAAACAUGAGGCCAUCGAGACUGACAUUGCGGCGUAUGAAGAGCGAGUGCAGGCUGUGGUGGCUGUGGCCAGGGAGCUUGAAGCAGAGAGCUAUCAUGACAUCAAGCGCAUCACAGCGAGGAAGGACAAUGUCAUCCGCCUCUGGGAGUACUUGCUGGAACUGCUCAGGGCCAGGAGGCAGCGUCUUGAGAUGAACCUGGGACUGCAAAAGAUAUUCCAGGAAAUGCUUUAUAUUAUGGACUGGAUGGAUGAAAUGAAGGUGCUAUUGCUGUCUCAGGACUAUGGCAAACACUUGCUCGGUGUUGAAGACUUGUUACAGAAGCAUGCCCUGGUUGAAGCAGACAUUGCAAUCCAAGCAGAACGUGUGAGAGGUGUGAAUGCCUCUGCCCAGAAGUUCGCAACAGAUGGGGAAGGCUACAAGCCAUGCGACCCCCAGGUAAUCCGAGACCGUGUGGCCCACAUGGAAUUCUGCUAUCAAGAACUCUGUCAGCUGGCAGCUGAGCGUAGGGCUCGCCUGGAAGAGUCUCGUCGCCUCUGGAAGUUCUUCUGGGAGAUGGCGGAGGAGGAAGGCUGGAUACGGGAGAAGGAGAAGAUCCUGUCCUCUGAUGACUAUGGGAAAGACCUGACUAGUGUCAUGCGCCUGCUGAGCAAGCACAGGGCUUUUGAGGAUGAGAUGAGUGGCCGUAGUGGCCAUUUUGAGCAGGCCAUUAAAGAAGGUGAAGACAUGAUUGCAGAGGAACACUUUGGAUCAGAAAAGAUCCGUGAGAGAAUCAGUUACAUUCGAGAGCAGUGGGCCAACCUGGAGCAGCUCUCAGCCAUUAGGAAGAAGCGCCUAGAGGAGGCCUCAUUGCUGCACCAGUUCCAGGCUGAUGCUGAUGACAUCGACGCUUGGAUGUUAGAUAUACUCAAGAUUGUGUCCAGCAACGAUGUGGGCCAUGAUGAGUAUUCCACACAGUCUCUGGUCAAGAAGCAUAAAGAUGUGGCAGAAGAGAUCUCCAACUACAGACCCACUAUUGACACACUGCAUGAGCAAGCCGGUGCUCUUCCUCAAGCACACGCAGAGUCUCCAGAUGUGAAGGGCCGGCUGGCAGGAAUUGAGGAGCGUUACAAGGAGGUGGCAGAGUUAACACGGCUAAGGAAGCAGGCACUGCAGGACACCCUGGCUCUGUACAAGAUGUUCAGUGAGGCUGAUGCCUGUGAGCUCUGGAUCGACGAGAAGGAGCAGUGGCUCAACAACAUGCAGAUCCCAGAGAAGCUGGAGGACCUGGAAGUCAUCCAGCACAGAUUUGAGAGCCUAGAACCAGAAAUGAACAACCAGGCUUCCCGGGUUGCUGUGGUGAACCAGAUUGCACGGCAGCUGAUGCACAGUGGCCAUCCCAGCGAAAAGGAAAUCAGAGCUCAGCAGGACAAACUCAACACGAGGUGGAGUCAGUUCAGAGAACUGGUGGACAGGAAGAAGGAUGCUCUUCUGUCCGCCCUGAGCAUCCAGAACUACCACCUCGAGUGCAAUGAAACCAAAUCCUGGAUCCGGGAGAAGACCAAGGUCAUCGAGUCUACCCAAGACCUUGGCAAUGACCUGGCAGGUGUCAUGGCCCUGCAGCGCAAGCUGACCGGCAUGGAACGAGACUUGGUAGCCAUCGAGGCGAAGCUGAGUGACCUGCAGAAGGAAGCCGAGAAGCUUGAGUCCGAGCACCCUGACCAGGCUCAAGCCAUCCUGUCUCGACUGGCUGAGAUCAGUGACGUGUGGGAGGAGAUGAAGACAACCCUGAAGAACCGAGAAGCCUCGCUGGGAGAGGCCAGCAAGCUGCAGCAGUUCCUGCGGGACUUGGAUGACUUCCAGUCUUGGCUCUCCAGGACCCAGACUGCUAUUGCCUCAGAGGACAUGCCCAAUACCCUGACUGAGGCAGAGAAGCUUCUCACACAGCAUGAGAACAUCAAAAACGAGAUUGACAAUUACGAGGAAGACUACCAGAAGAUGCGGGACAUGGGCGAGAUGGUCACGCAGGGACAGACUGAUGCCCAGUACAUGUUUCUGCGGCAGCGGUUGCAGGCCUUGGACACAGGCUGGAACGAGCUCCACAAAAUGUGGGAGAACAGGCAAAAUCUCCUCUCCCAGUCCCAUGCCUACCAGCAGUUCCUUAGGGACACGAAACAGGCUGAAGCUUUCCUUAAUAACCAGGAGUAUGUUUUGGCUCAUACUGAAAUGCCCACCACCCUGGAAGGAGCUGAAGCAGCCAUUAAGAAGCAGGAGGACUUCAUGACCACCAUGGAUGCCAAUGAGGAGAAGAUCAAUGCUGUUGUGGAGACUGGCCGGAGGCUGGUGAGCGAUGGGAAUAUCAACUCCGACCGCAUCCAGGAGAAGGUGGACUCUAUUGAUGACAGGCACAGAAAGAAUCGAGAAGCAGCCAGUGAACUUUUGAUGAGGUUAAAGGACAACCGUGAUCUACAGAAGUUCCUGCAAGAUUGUCAAGAGCUGUCCCUCUGGAUCAAUGAAAAGAUGCUUACAGCUCAGGACAUGUCUUAUGAUGAAGCCAGAAACCUGCACAGUAAAUGGUUAAAGCAUCAAGCAUUUAUGGCAGAACUUGCAUCCAACAAAGAAUGGCUUGACAAAAUUGAGAAGGAAGGAAUGCAGCUUAUUUCAGAAAAGCCAGAAACAGAGGCUGUGGUGAAGGAGAAACUCACUGGUUUACAUAAAAUGUGGGAAGUCCUUGAAUCCACAACCCAGACCAAGGCCCAGAGGCUCUUCGAUGCGAACAAGGCUGAGCUCUUCACGCAGAGCUGUGCAGACCUCGACAAAUGGCUGCAUGGCCUGGAGAGCCAGAUUCAAUCUGACGACUAUGGCAAAGACCUCACCAGUGUCAACAUUCUGCUGAAAAAGCAACAGAUGCUGGAGAAUCAGAUGGAAGUGAGGAAGAAGGAGAUCGAGGAACUGCAAAGCCAAGCCCAGGCACUGAGUCAGGAGGGGAAGAGCACAGAUGAGGUGGACAGCAAACGCCUCACUGUGCAGACCAAGUUCAUGGAGCUUCUGGAGCCCUUGAAUGAAAGGAAGCAUAAUCUGCUGGCUUCCAAGGAGAUCCACCAGUUCAACAGGGAUGUAGAGGACGAGAUUCUGUGGGUUGGCGAGAGGAUGCCUUUGGCAACUUCCACAGAUCAUGGCCACAACCUUCAAACUGUGCAGCUGUUAAUAAAGAAAAACCAGACCCUCCAGAAAGAAAUCCAGGGACACCAGCCUCGUAUUGAUGACAUCUUUGAGAGGAGCCAAAACAUCAUCACAGAUAGCAGCAGCCUCAAUGCCGAGGCUAUCAGACAGAGGCUCGCCGAUCUGAAGCAGCUGUGGGGGCUCCUCAUUGAGGAAACUGAGAAACGCCAUAGACGGCUCGAGGAGGCACACAAGGCCCAGCAAUACUACUUUGAUGCAGCUGAAGCAGAGGCAUGGAUGAGUGAACAGGAACUGUACAUGAUGUCUGAGGAAAAGGCCAAGGAUGAGCAGAGUGCUGUCUCCAUGUUGAAAAAGCACCAGAUUUUGGAACAGGCUGUUGAGGACUAUGCAGAGACAGUGCACCAGCUCUCCAAGACCAGCCGGGCACUGGUGGCUGACAGCCAUCCCGAAAGUGAGCGUAUUAGCAUGCGGCAGUCAAAGGUCGACAAGCUGUAUGCUGGCCUGAAGGACCUUGCUGAGGAGAGGAGAGGGAAACUUGAUGAGAGGCACAGGCUAUUCCAGCUCAACAGGGAGGUAGAUGACCUGGAACAGUGGAUCGCCGAGAGGGAAGUGGUUGCAGGCUCCCAUGAGUUGGGACAGGACUAUGAGCAUGUCACGAUGUUACAAGAACGGUUCCGAGAAUUUGCUCGAGACACAGGAAACAUUGGGCAGGAGCGUGUAGAUACAGUUAACCACAUGGCAGAUGACCUCAUCAAUUCUGGACAUUCAGAUGCUGCGACUAUUGCUGAGUGGAAAGAUGGUCUCAAUGAAGCCUGGGCUGACCUCCUGGAGCUCAUUGACACGAGAACACAGAUUCUUGCUGCCUCUUACGAACUUCAUAAGUUUUACCAUGAUGCCAAGGAGAUCUUUGGCCGCAUCCAGGACAAACACAAGAAACUCCCUGAGGAGCUUGGAAGAGAUCAGAACACCGUGGAGACUUUACAGAGAAUGCACACCACCUUUGAACAUGACAUCCAAGCUCUGGGCACUCAGGUGAGGCAGCUGCAGGAGGAUGCAGCCCGCCUCCAAGCAGCCUAUGCAGGGGACAAGGCUGACGACAUCCAAAAGCGUGAGAACGAGGUCCUGGAAGCCUGGAAGUCCCUGCUGGAUGCUUGUGAGGGUCGCAGGGUGCGGCUAGUAGACACGGGAGACAAGUUCCGCUUCUUCAGCAUGGUGCGUGACCUCAUGCUCUGGAUGGAAGAUGUCAUCCGGCAAAUCGAGGCCCAGGAGAAACCCCGGGAUGUGUCAUCUGUUGAACUGUUAAUGAAUAAUCAUCAAGGCAUCAAAGCUGAAAUCGAUGCUCGUAAUGACAGUUUUACAGCUUGCAUUGAACUUGGGAAAGCCCUGCUGGCAAGGAAACACUAUGCUUCUGAGGAGAUCAAGGAAAAGUUACUGCAGUUGACGGAGAAAAGAAAAGAAAUGAUCGACAAGUGGGAAGACCGAUGGGAGUGGUUAAGACUGAUUUUGGAGGUCCAUCAGUUCUCAAGAGAUGCCAGUGUGGCUGAGGCUUGGCUGCUGGGACAGGAGCCAUACCUAUCCAGCCGCGAAAUCGGCCAGAGUGUGGAUGAAGUGGAGAAGCUUAUUAAGCGCCAUGAGGCAUUUGAAAAAUCUGCAGCGACCUGGGAUGAGAGAUUCUCUGCCCUGGAAAGGUUGACAACAUUGGAGCUACUGGAAGUGCGCAGACAGCAAGAGGAAGAAGAAAGAAAGAGGCGACCACCGUCUCCGGAGCCAAGCGCGAAGGUUUCAGAGGAGGCUGAGUCCCAGCAAUGGGACACUUCAAAAGGAGACCAAGUUUCCCAGAAUGGUUUGCCGGCUGAGCAGGGAUCUCCACGGAUGGCAGGAACCAUGGAAACAAGUGAAAUGGUCAACGGUGCUGCUGAGCAGAGGACAAGCUCCAAAGAAUCCAGUCCUGUUCCUUCUCCCACCUCGGACCGCAAGGCCAAAUCUGCACUUCCAGCCCAGAGUGCUGCCACCCUGCCAGCCAGGACCCUGGAGACGCCUGCGGCCCAGAUGGAAGGCUUCCUCAAUCGGAAGCACGAGUGGGAGGCCCACAAUAAGAAAGCCUCAAGCAGGUCCUGGCACAAUGUUUAUUGUGUCAUAAAUAACCAAGAAAUGGGCUUCUACAAAGAUGCCAAGAGUGCUGCUUCUGGCGUCCCCUACCACAGUGAGGUCCCUGUGAGUUUGAAAGAGGCCAUCUGCGAAGUGGCCCUUGAUUACAAGAAGAAGAAGCAUGUGUUCAAGCUAAGACUAAGUGAUGGCAACGAGUACCUCUUCCAAGCCAAAGAUGAUGAUGAAAUGAACACAUGGAUCCAGGCUAUCACCUCUGCCAUCUCCUCUGACAAGCACGACACGUCUGCCAGCACCCAGAGUACGCCAGCAUCCAGCCGAGCGCAGACCUUACCCACCAGCGUCGUCACCAUCACCAGCGAGUCCAGUCCUGGCAAGAGGGAGAAGGACAAAGAGAAAGACAAAGAGAAGCGGUUCAGCCUUUUCGGCAAGAAGAAGUGAACUUCCCUGUUGUCCUUCCCUUCUCUUACCUUUAGUAAGAGUCCAGCAUGCAAGCUCAGACCAACACAUUACUCUGUGCCUAAUGUUCCUCCAUGUAGUUGAUUUUCUUUCUUUUUUUUUUUUUAAUAAAUUUUUUAAUUUAUAGAGUAUUUCUGAGGGUUGGGGGAAACAUAACUAAACACUUUAUCUCCAAGUUAAAAAAGUUUGAGGUACAGAGGGAAGGCCAGAUUUUUUAAUGAAAUUAUAUAGAUUAGAUCUCAGUAUUUAAACUGUUCCUCAAUUUUGUGAGGCUGUGUUGGAAAUAACCCGCCUCUGAUGCUGUUGGUAUGCAAGGCAGCGGUGCUUACACAAUAUUUCCUGUGCUCUCCAGAGACGAUGGACUGAUUUCCUGACACUACUCUCCCUUCACUUCCGUGGUUACCCUGAGUCUUGACUUACAAGUGCCCACGAUGGGUGUAGCCUUUAUUAAACAGAUCGUGUAUUCUGAUCUCUCGCUGCAGCCACAGUGCAGCUCCCUAUAAACCUGCAGCCCAAACCAUUUGUAUCAGGCAUCACCUACUAACACAGACGUGCGCGGCUUUUCUGCAUCAAUUGCUGUGACGGUUCAGAAUGUUGGUAUACAAGAAGGAAUAGAAAACUGAUAAGGUUUUAAAUAAUCUGUAAUUUCAAUCUUUUUUUCCUGAAAUACAUUAUAUUGUAUGUUUGAAAUAAUUCUAGUACAAAGUAUAAUAAAACUAGAUGUAUAAUAAACCCUUUAAAUCAUUGCUAAGUGUAUAAGUGGAACUGAAGCAUUUAUUGGACAAAGUAAUGUUACUCUAAUGGUUACUUGCUCGCUCCUGCGUGGCCACACUGUUAUAAUUUGCUUCAUUACCUUGCUAUUUGAUACAUAGUGUGCAUUUCUCUGUCACUGUAACUAUUGUAAUGACAAAUUUUCAUCUUACUGCACAAUCAAAGUGUCAUUGAUUAGGAAUGACCUCCAGAGUCUGAGCCUGGACAGGGAGUGGGCGCUCAGGCCUGGUGCUCUGUUGUACGACCUGUACCUCUCAACUUUUGCCCCGUCUGUUAAAUAUAUGCUAUGUCAUUAAAUGCUUUUAAAUCUAA